AUGUUGAUUGCAAUUUCGGGCACAUUAUCUUCGGGGAAAACCGAAGUAGCCCGCUACCUCAGUUUCCAGGGCUUUCAACUUAUUGCCGUCGAGGGACAUGACACAAGCACUUUGGGUGCCGAAACUUUUGCGUCCUUCGAUCUUCUUCUAGACCAUGUGACUGCCAACUGGCGGUCUAACUAUGUCAUUUCUCAUAUUGAUAAUAUGGAAACAUUGCAUAAGCUCCAAAAACGGCCCUUCUUUUUACACAUUUGCAUCGAUGCGCCCGUGUUGAUGCGCUACCAGCGUUAUUGUCUCAAGACGAAAACACCUGAAAGUCAGGAAAGCUUUAUCGCACGCUCCGACGAGCUCUUGUUCAACCCAGAAAACCCGCUAGUGGCAAUAAAUAACCAGGCGAAUAUCAACAUUGUGAAUACCACUGCACUGAUAAAAAGUUUGUACGUCAAACUCAGCGAAUUAGACUUGAUGAACCCAACACGUCUUCGGCCCACAUGGGACGCCUAUUUUAUGCGACUCGCUGACUUGGCGGCUUUGCGUUCCAAUUGCAUGAAGCGCCGUGUGGGAUGUGUGAUCGUGAAAGAUAAUAGGGUGGUUGCUACGGGUUACAAUGGGACGCCACGCCAUUUAACCAACUGUAACGAAGGAGGGUGUUCGCGAUGCAAUCAAGGCCAAGGAAGCGGUGCUGGUUUAUCAACUUGUUUGUGUCUCCAUGCUGAAGAGAAUGCAUUGCUCGAGGCUGGACGUGAUCGCAUAGCAGGCGAGAAUUCCAUCUUGUAUUGUAACACAUGCCCAUGCUUGACAUGUUCUAUCAAGAUCGUCCAGAGUGGUAUUCGUCAAGUGGUUUAUGCUCAAAGUUACUCUAUGGAUGAGCGCUCACAUAGUGUGAUGAGCGAGGCUCGUAUAGUGCUCCGCCAGUAUGUGCCGCCAAAGGAGGGAAUUUUUGUAUAA